CCUGGUUCAGACUUCAGACGUGUUUAUAAAAUAUAGAUGUCAUUGUCAAUGAGAAUCGUUGUUAAUACUCAAUUUCAUAGUGACAAGUGGGCCUAUUCAUAGUCACUAGUGUAAGUAUUCUUUAAAAAAUUGAAAUUCAGGUAAAACAUGAGGAAGCCUGCCACUAUUUUAUCGAAUUUCAUGAAUGUAUCCCUAAAUCGAUCCCUAUGACUAUGACUAUGCCUAUGCCUAUGCCUAACCUGAACCCUAAUUCACUGCAACUAUAAUAAACACAAAAGACUCCGUGGCAGCCGUCCUCGUCCUCAGUUUUAGCCGAAAUUCAUUUUCAAUUCUAAAUAAAGUAAAUAGGAUAAAAAUUGUAGCACUGGAGUUAUUAUGAUUAAUUUGUAAUUUAGCUAGCAAGUUCUACUGACUCUUGACUGGACUGUAAAUGUAAAAUUAGUAAAAAAUCUAUAAUUUUUAUAUUUUAUGGUUGGCGAUCACACAACAAUAUCACAAUGAUCACAUCACACUUCAUUUGUCAUUACAGUUACAGUAUCAGUAUCAGUAUUAGCUGGUUUUUAAAUUAAUAUAAACAGUCUGUCAAUUUAGGCAUUCUGCGAAAAAAAUUAUAAUUAUUUUAUUUUCCAACUACAAUCACUAAGACAAGACUACUAAGAGUAAGAGAAUCAGUGCAAGUACAGGUAUGCGAGGUCCGAGAAAUUGCAUCUGAUAAGUUACAGGAGGCCACUGAGGAGGAGAAUCGGCAGUGGGGGGGGGGGGGGGGGGGGGGGGCCCCCAAAAAGUGGAGAAAAUUGCUUGACGUUAUUUAUUGAUGGCCCCUAAAGUAAUUUAUAAGGGCCUAGUCUACCCAUUAAAAAAAUUAUAAAUGUAUUGUUAAUUUAAUUUUAAUAUGAUUACAUUAUGAAUCAUUAUGAUGAAUGAUGCCGAUGGUUAUCAUGAUGGGCUUAGCAAACGAAUUGACUGCUUAGUGAGAAAAAAUAAUGGCACUGUCUAUCAUUCACUAUGUCUUAUGAGUUUGUCUCAUCUGACAUUUACUUUUAUACUAACUUAAAUUGUUUAUAGUCGUACUACUUAUCUAUAUUCAUAGUACUUAUAUGAAUAGAGAUGUGUAUGAGAUUACUCUAGUGACUCUAGACCAGGCCUGCACAACUCAAAAUGUCAGGCGGACUGUAAUACAGUAUGAAAAGCUUGUGCGGGCGGAAAGAUAAUAGGACAAGGGGGGGGGAGCUAUCGAGAAAAUAAUAAAGAAUAUUUUGUUACUUCAAGGGCGGCAAAGUGGGUGCUGGCGGCCGUAUGUUGUGCAGGCCUUCUCUAGACAAUAUGAUUAGGCCUAUAUAUGUACUGCAGUCUGCAUGAUAUUCAUAAUAAUCAUAAAUCAAACAAAUGUAGACCUAUAUUAUAUAUAGCCCAUAAAGGGCCUACCUAUUAUAUUAUAUAUUUAUUGAUUUGAUGUCUUGUCUGUGUCUAGACUAAAUAACCAUUGUUAUUUUACUUAUUUUUUACUUCGAUAUAGCCUAGUACAGCAGAGGGCUUUGCUUAUUUUAAAACUUCAACAUAGAGCUAUUGUCUUCGAGGAUGACCUUGAUAUUGACGUCACCGUGUAAGUUUGUUGUGUCACUCAUUCCAAUACUAUCCCUUUCUUGGCCGGGGAAAAGGUUGUUCAAAUCCGAAUGCGUUCCAUUUUUUCUCAAAUAUGCCAAUAGGUUAUGCAAUUUCUAGACUUUCUUUAUAAGAUCGUUCAGCUUUAAUUUUAGCAGAUAGACAUAGACUUAGCGAGACUUAGAUAGACAUACGAGGCAUAUAUUUUUGUGUAUAUAAAUUAAUAUUUGUAUUUUGAUGAUUGUACCUUUUUCACUUGCUGUAAGUUGAUAUUGCCUCUGUAUUUCUAUUUGUGUAGAAAUUUAAUUUAAAUAAUUAAAUUAAGUUUUAGUAUCUCUAGCUUUGGUAUAGUUUUCUUUGCAUACACAUGUGACAUCAUAAUUUUUUUUUAUCACUCAUACAUCUAAAACCUGAAAUUGACAGUGAUUAUUAACUUUCUGUUGUGAUGGAUAUCUUCUGAUAAACUUCUGAUAAAAGAGAUGUCAUUUUAAUCAGGUGUUAAUUGCUUAGCUCCAAAUUGUGACAUUUGUGUUCAGGGAGGGGUGUAUAAAUUGCCAAAACAAAGUGUGAGUCACUUUAUGGAUAUCCCCUUAAUUAUGCUCAUUAUUAAUAGAAAUAUGCAGCAAAUAUUUAAUAGGUCUAAUAAUGAAUUUUAAAAAUUAAUAAGCCGUUCACAAGUUAUAUUUUCAAUACUGUAGGCAUAUAGGGCCUAUGCUUUAUUUAAUACAUUUAUUAGGUCUUAGAUGUAGUCAGUAGGUAACUAGUAAGCUUUUGUUCAGUCUUGUAUAUGUAAGUUGUUGCUACAACUAGUUCAACUCAGACGACUUAUAAUAAUAAAUGUAAGCCUUAGGGGCCAAUAGUAUAGUUAUAGCCUAUCUUUAGUUUUUAUUAGUUAAGUUAGACCCAACUAACUCGAGACUUUCUAAAGACUAAAGAACAUGUAUUUAGAAACACUAGGCCUAGGCAAUAUUAUAAAUAUUAUAUUUAGCUUAGGCCUAGUCCUAAUGCUGUAUGAUUCAUUUUUUUAAAAAUAGACCUAAGCCUAUUUACUAUUUAGUUGACCCUAUUAUAUUUUUUUUUUACAGACUAAGGCCCCUUAUAUUACAAACUACAAGUUGUAGGGUCAUAAUUUUAGUGUAAGUAAGUAGCCUACGUGAAAUAAUUUUAAGUCUUUUAAAAGAAAUCUCAAAUUAUGGAAACUGAUGUGUAUGGACAAAACAACAUAAAAUAUUAAAUAACUUUUAAGUGACUAAUACAUCAUAUUUUCAAUGUACAUUACACAAAGUACAUUCCUUUUCUUGCUAUUGUCGAAAAUAAAUUAAUUGUAAAACUUGAUUUAUAAAAGGAAAUCGCAUUUGAGCUUACACACUAAUUCUAUGUUUGAUGUCUGAUGAAUAUAAGGCUGUUCAUGACAUUCAAUAUGUAAUUACUCAAAAGAAACAAAAUGAAUCUGUAUUUCAUGGUCCAUUGAUUUCAGAGCUACAGUAAUUAUUCAUCCCCCCCCCCCUAACCUGAUAACGGGUAAGGUUGUAGUGGAUUUUUACUCAUGGUGCUGAAUUAGAAAAAAGGCUGAGGUCAAUUCUAUGUUUUAUUUCUGAUGAAUAUAAGGCUGUUCAUGACAUUCAAUAUGUAAUUACUCAAAAGAAACAAAAUGAAUCUGUAUUUCAUGGUCCAUUGAUUUCAGAGCUACAGUAAUUAUUCAUCCCCCCCCCCUAACCUGAUAACGGGUAAGGUUGUAGUGGAUUUUUACUCAUGGUGCUGAAUUAGAAAAAAGGCUGAGGUCAUUUGAAAAUGUGAUAAAAUUGGAGAUUUAAAAUGAGUACUAUUUAAUGAAAUAUUUUAAUGUUAACACCAUGUUAGAAUUAUACAAAAUUACUCAUAUAUAUGAAAUAUGUCGUUUUACAGUAUUUGUAUCAUGGGCUUGACUGUUAAGACCUAACAAUGACCUUUUUUGUGUGAGCUGGCAUGACAUACUUGAUUAGGAGGUGUCCUAUUUCAUUGCAGCUUAGAAAAAGUGUGAUAGAGUUCAGCCUUAGACAGAUAACUUUAGGAAACAUACAGUUUAUUAUUUGGUGAUCUGUGGUUACAGAAGUAGUUAUUUUUCACCUCAGGUUGUACUCUGUGUUAAUGGUUUCAUUUAAGCUGCAUCUGUGUUAAUGGUUUCUUUUAAGCUGGAUCUGUGUUAAUGGUUUCUUUUAAGCUGCAUCUGUGUUAAUGGUUUCAUUUAAGCUGCAUCUGUGUUAAUGGUUUCUUUUAAGCUGCAUCUGUGUUAAUGGUUUGUUUUAAGCUGCAUUGUACAUCCCCCUAGUGCUGUUUUAAUCUAAAGAUGAUAGGUUUGGAGGAUAUCAACCAUGUCUCUGGAUAAGAUCUGAUUGAUGGAGUGCCACUAUGGCUUAUAUUCAUUUUUUUUAAAACUCCCUAUUGCAAAAUCUAUUUACUGAAGAGGUUGAAAAAAAAAAUGUUUUUAGUGGUGGCAAAUGCAUUAAAAGAUGUCAAUUAUUAUACAAGUGCAGGAUGUGUUAAGAAUUGAGAGUUGUUGUGAUAUUUGUCAUUAAAAUCUCAACCUUUCUCCCAAAGUAACUGAAGUAGUAAUAUUUAUAAUAAAGCCUAGUGAUUUUAAAUAAAAGUUCCUUAGUCUUUAGAAAGUCGAUGUCUGUCUUGAGUUAAGGGUCUAACUUAACUAAUAAAAACUAAGAAUAAGCUAUUACUAUACUUUGCAUUGUUUUAGGAGAGUUUUAAGAACUUUCCUAAAUAAAUAACCUCUAUUGUAGAAUUGUGUAUAAUCUCUUAAAUAGGAAACUUUCUCUUAAAUAGGAAACUUGAAUGAUAUGGUAUGCUGUGAAGUCUCAAUGCAUAAAAACAGCACUGUUUAAGUUAAUGACUGUGAAAGCUGUGACCACCUUAGAAUCAAUAGUGUUUUUAUGUGGGGUUGUUUUCUUUACAGCUGGCUUAGUUUAUCUCCUUUUUUAGUAUUCCAGGGCAUUCUGUCAUAAGUUUUGUAUAUUAUUUCACCAGAUAUAAUAUAGGACUUCAUAUGGAUAGAUAAAACAAUGAGAAAGGCUUUUGUUAUGGUCAUCUAAAGCUAAACUGCAACUCCUCAACUUUUGGAAUUGUUUUGGUUUACUUCCAAGAUGCAUAAGGUAUGUGCAUUAGCAUUUUAAAUUUAAUCAAAACUUCAUUAAAAAAUAGAUUUGUGAGUCUUUUCUUUAGAACAUUGCUUGUUUCACAUCCAUGCUGCAUUGUGUUCAUCGGAGAAGUAAAAGACUUAAAAGUGCACUAAAUAAAUUGCUCUAGAGUCAAUCGCAGAUCAAGCAGUUAUUGUAUAAUCUGAAAGAGGCUUAGAACUUAUGCCUUGAUCCAGUUAACUUAUAGGGGGAGAAAUCUGUACAAGUGAAAUACAUUUUGUGUCAUUAAGUUACCAACCAAGGCACUGUAAACAUUACUUGAAUCUGCCAUUAAGAAGUUGUUGUUUUUUAAUUAUCCUUGUUAUUGUACAAAUGUUUUUGGAUAUUAAAAUUAAUUGUUGGGUAUAACGUAAUUGAAACAUUUAAAUAUUAUUUAUACACAUAAAAAGAGAGUUCUGUGAAGUGAAAAAAACAACUUAUGAGACAAUUCAAAAGGACAAAUUUAAAAAAUAAUUCUUUUUCUAAUAAACUUUAAAAAAAUAAAAAAGUUUUUUUUUGUUGUAUUUGUUUUGUGGGGGUUGUUGUUUAUGGAUCCCUUCUAAAAUGGUGCUCAGUUUUGGCUGCACUCUUCUAAGAUGGUGCUCAGUUUAGGACACUCUUCUAACAUGGUGCUUGGUUUUCGAAACCCUUCUAAGAUGCUGCUCAGUAUUGUUUUACUCCUUUCACCCCAUCAUCUCAAGACCACCCCUUCUCUAAUCACAUUGAUUUGAAUAAUUAUUGUCUUUCUAUUUCAGUCAACAUUCCAUACUGAAACAGGAGCAGCUCUGCUGUUUCCACAUUGGAUACUUUAUGGGAAAAAGGGUGAGUUUAAAGUAUUUUGAUUGCUUUCAUAUUGUAUUGUAUCAGUAGUUGGAUUCUCAUUUUUUAAAAAUGGUAAUAAUCAAUUGUAAAUGACUUUGUAUCAAAUUUUUUGUUAAUAUAAAUAAUUUUUAUAGAAUCCACAUAAAAAUAUUACUUUUAAAUAAAACUUUGAUGUGUCAUGUCAUCAUGCUAGAAAUCUACAUUGCUUGUUUGCUACUGGUUGUAAUGGGCAUCACUUACCAAGGCAUUAAGUUUGCCAGACAGCAGUAUGGCCGCAAAUGUCGAAAUCUCACAUGCAAGUAAGUUUGCUUAAAUCUUGUAAUAUUUUUUCUAUCAGUUCAAAGCCGAUUAACCUGUCGUUGUUAACAAGUUCAUUUGGAAUAGCUUCACUCAAAUCCCAUCAAUUCUUCUUAUUGACAGGAGGUACAUCUUAAACAAAGGCCAUUUCUUACAAACGCUGAUGUACAUUCUUCAGUUCCUUGGAGGCUACAUUCUCAUGCUGGCUGUGAUGACCUACAAUAUAUGGAUCCUCCUGGCUGUGCUGGUGGGUCUGGGUCUUGGCUAUUUUUUCUUUGGAUGGGGAGAAUAUGAAGAGGCCAGUGCCGCCUUACAUGUACAAAGGAUCCCACGGUCUUAUCUGCUGACCUGUGGGACGAUAACUCCGUCCAGCAGUGCCACGCAGGAGCUGCUCCCAAUGAGCAAAUCUGAGGAUGACAUGCAGUUUGAUGAUUCUAAAUCCAGCAACGUCAGGUGCAAGUGCAACAACUCUUCUGUUUGAUCUACAAAAUCUUGCAUUGGCCUAUCCAUCUUUUUUUUUUUUGUGUGGACAGUACCUCAUUCACCGAUCUACCCAGAUCUGAAUGCUACAGUUUAUUUAACCAAGGGGGGAUGCCAGAUUUAAAAUAUAAAAUUGGUAGUGUUAUGCUCAUUAAGUCUUGUGGCUGUUGAAAAGCAUUUUAAAUUUAUUUAAAUUGGAUUAUAUUUUUUUGGCGGGGGGGGAAAGGGGAUGCUUUUAUUUUGUUCCUAGUAUUAGAACAAUGAAAAAAUUGGACUGGUAUAAUAUGUGUUCAUUUUAAUAAAAUGUUUUGUGCUUCCAGUGGGAACAAUUUGAAUCAGUAAUUUAUAGAAUAUUGUUUCACUUUAUACAUAAGAAUUAUUGUGUUUUUUUAAAUAGCUAAUUUGUUUUGUUGACUGCAAUCCAUGAGUUUAACAUUUUUUUGUUCUGUGGAAAGUUUUCCUGUGGAUGGGAUCAGUAGUUAACUAUAUAAAAAAUGACUUUUUAUUUUAAAUGUGCAUUUAGCAAAUAGCAUGCUGUUAAUAAGAAAGAUUAUUUAAAGAAUUUGUUUUUUCAUUUUUGACUUUGCUUUAUUUUUAUUUCAAUGUUGACAAUAUUGUUUUAUCUUAGAUUUACUUUUGUUGUGAAUAUUCCAUGAGCUAAUUAAUCUCAUGGAUAAUGCAGGAGCAGGGUUUACUAGCUCUAUGUAGCACAUCUAUUUAUGAGCAGAACAGACAAUUCCUAUCACAUUGAUUUAUGACAAUUAUGGACUGACUCCAACACAUCUAUUUAUAAAUGGAAAGUACUGUUUCUGACACAUCUACCUAGAAGCAGAAUGGACCGCUACUAACACAUUUAUUGAUGAGCAGAGUAGUCUGCUCCUAAAACAUCUAUUUAUUAACAGAAUGGACUCGUCCUAACAAAUUUUUUAUGACCAUAAUGGACUGACACUAAUACAACUAUUUAUGAGCAGAAUGGACUGUUCCUAACACAUCUAUGAACAGAAGGGGCUGUUCAUAAAACAUCUAUUUAUCUAUCUUAAUUUGGCCAACAUAUAUAGUCAUUAUAUCAAAGCUCCUGACAAUAUUGUGAUUUGACAUGACAAUAUGACCAAAUGUUUCUUUUUUCCUAUAUUUAUCUGUGCUUGGCACCAAGAAGCUUUAAGCUUCAACUUAAUGAAUGAUUUUAAUCAUUCAUAGACCAACAUGAUACAUUUUUUUUACUUGUGUUGUUGAUGUAAAGAAAUAUCCAGAAUCAAAUAUUAAUGAAUGUGCUGAACUAGUCUGUAGAUGUUUUCUUAUUUUAUUUGAUGUAUUUUAUGUUACAAGAGCAGCAUGUAACAGAUUUGUUUACCAUAGAUUUAUUUUGAGGCCUUGCUUAAUUUGUAUCACUGUGAUCAAAACCCUUAUCUUUGGUCUUGCACAUAACUGCUACCAGUUUCAGCUCCAAAUCUUUGCAUUAAACAAAUAGAUAUUAUGCAAAUAGGGUUGAAACUUGAUGAGGUGACUCACAUACACAUUUCAAAUAGAUGCACAGCUAGUAGGUCUGUAUAAGAAAUUUGAAUAUGUUAAAAAAUAAUUUUAAGAGUUGAAUUAAAACCUUACAAGCUAAUGUAUAGAAGAUUUUUAUUUUGCUAUUAAUGACAACACUCCCCAGUCAGAUUUUCUGCAUUCAUGACAUGGGCUUCCAGUUUCAUUGUCAGUAUAUGUAAAUGACCUACAUUACAUAGAAGUCUCUCAAACUUUUCCAGUAACCAUGAUAAAUGUUAGUACAUCUAUAUAUAUAUAUAUAAUAGAAACCCACCUUUACAGCCUGUCUCGCUCAAUAUCAAACCUCAAAAUAUCCAUAAAUUUUUAAAAUUUUGGAGUUUGUUUCAAAGAAUUGGAGUUUUUAAGUGUUAAAGCAACCUUCAAUAGUAUUAGUAUUUACUAUUUUGCUGUGUACAUUUAGCUACCGACACUUACGCAGGCAGCUUUUGCAAUUAUCAACAUGCUUUUAGAACAGGAGUUCUUAACCUUUUUUUCAGUGCUGCACGCCCACCCGCCCAACCCCCCCAAACCGCCACCCCACCCUGCUUGAUUUCAUAACAUAUUUCUCGCACCCCCCAUGAUGAAAAUUGCAAAUACAUCUGAUUUUUCUUGGUCUUCCCUCACCUCCUGACACUUCUUCCAGCAGCCCUAGGGGCUGCAAGCACAACUCCUGGGUGUAAUUGUAAGCACUAAAAUUACUUCCAUCUCACAAGUUGGUUUAUCAGAAAAUUGGGAUUCAAGAAUAAUAAAAGACUUGUGAAUUAGUCAAGCUUCUCCAGUUGUUUUGCAAUAAUAAAAAAAUCUAUUUUUUUAAGAUAAUCAUUUACUUUUCAUAUAGAAUUGUCUCGAUUUUAGUACCAUAUUUUAAAUGAAUCUCAUGCAUUACAAUAUUUUUGUGGUAUUAUCCAGUUAAAAUAAAUAUAUUCUCUCACUCUGACUUGCUCUUGUUAAUCAAAAUGAUGACCUUGAAUCAAGCUGAUCAGCCUGUGAAGAGAAAUCUAUUGUUAUCUCCUUGGAUGUGACCAUCUGUGGGGUUUAAGGUUGAUGGUGUACGUAGCCACGUGCCUCUUUGACAUAGAAUAUGUUUAUCUUGAUGUUAGUAACGUGUUGUAAAUGUGGACAGGUUUUAAAUAACCGAAAAUCUACUUAGCUGUACGUAGCUGGGUGUCCCCUUUAUUGUGGAUUCUUAUUCUUUCACCAUAAAACAUUAGAGUCCUUAUGAAAUGUGAGGGUUUUACUAUUUGUGAUAAGGACCAAAAUACACAUGACCUUAUCAAAUGGAAUUUUUUAAAAUGUUACUUAACAUUAUGAUUAGUUAAUUGAAAUGGUAUCAGUUAGUUUUUUUAAGAAGGUCAUUUUUUUUUAUUUUUUUUUUGGUUUAUUUUAUUUUAAAAUGUUAGUAUUUUCUGCUCUUAUUAAUAUUAUUGUAAAUGUUUUUUAAAAACCUGAAUAGAAUUAUAUAGAAUAUUUCUGACCGCCAAAACUGCCCAAGUCAUUAUGCAUUGGCAAAUAAGCAGAAAUGACUGUAAAAUAAAUCAUUAUCAAAAUGUUGUACAAUCAGAAGUUCUCAAAGGGCAAGGUGGUAGGCUGUGAUCCAACCUAGUCAGUGAGCUCCUUGUGACAGAAUGCAUCAGGAUGGCAUUCAACCUUGUUUAAUGCAUAUUUUCUUACUUUUUUUAUGUGAUUUUGCAGAAAAAGAUUAUCCAUCUUUGAGUUCCAUCACAUUCUUUUCAACAGCAGAUGAACUAAAUCUACGGUUGAAAAAAUAUGUUUUCUUUAUUAUUUAAAGCAUAUUUUCGUCCUUUGAGAAGGCAUCUUUUAGAGAGAUUACUAGAUAUAGAGACCCAUGCACAAAGCAUCUUUUAGAGAGAUUACUAGAUAUACAGAUCUAUGCUCUUGUCUUAAAUUUCAAUACUUUAUCUAUUAUAUUUUAUGUCAGAGUGAAGAUUUCGGUUAUCGGAAAUUUUAUCGAAAGAAAUUUCGUCAAAGGAAAAUUUAUAGACUGAAAUUUAAUUGAAUGGAAAUUUGGUUGAAUCUUUUUUUUCAGUUCACACGUUAAAAUUUUUGUCAAAUGUCUUUUUGAACGCGCUACACUAUAUAAUAAAACAAAAUAAUGACCAAAUUUCUGUUGGAUCAAAUUUCCGUCAAUCAAUUUUCUGUCAACGGAAUUUCUUUCCAUCAAAUUUCCGGAUACGGAAGAUUUCCUUUUUUUUUUACAUUAAAAUAUUUGAGCAUCUGUGAAGCCAAAAUGCUGCAACAAAAAUCUGUGUCACUAGAAACAUCAAGCAAAUGUGUUUGGUUCCUGCCAAAAAAAAUAAGAUUUGUUCCUGAUGGUCUGGACAAGGCAGAUUUUUGUUUCGUACCUACUGAUUUAUCAACAUUCAUGAACACACGAACAAUUUUUUCAGGUUCUCUUAAACUGGACUGCACUUUGUAAUGUUAAAGGGUAGUCAUUUUGUAAUGUUAAAGGGUAAUCAUUUUGUAAUGUUAAAGGGUAAUAAUUAUUAUAGUUCUAAAUGGUAUUGGUUAUUGAUAUACAAUAGUAACCGUUGUAAUUGUAUUUGACCCAGAUUUGUCAAACUACCUUUCGCCUUGAACAGCUUUUCUUUACAUAGGAUUCAUAUUAGUAAACAAAAUAUUUUUGAUUAACUAUGGUUCAUGACAAAUUUUUCUGACUUCUCCACUGGUAAUCCAGUGCUUAUGACAUUUGUCUAAUACUCUUCUGGGUAUUGUUAUGCAAAUUUCGGUACCAGUUAGUGGAAAUAAUUUUGUUCUGAUUUGCUUAAGGAGGGUAUAUUAUAUAAAUCAAAUGAUCUGUUAUAUUUAAAUAAAAG